CGAACCACUACUUCAUACACCAAUUCUCUGCUGCUUGAUCCCUCAUCGCCUCAUCCUUCACCAUGUCAUCAAUGGCGGCGGCUACAUCUCCCUGCGCCUCCAAAUCCUUCUCCAAAUCCUCCUCCUUUAUUCUUCCUAAACCCUUCUCCAGAUUCGAUCUUUCAUUUUCCCCUCUUCCUCGCAAUCCCAUUUUUCGCCGUCCUCUUCGCAUCUGCAGCAGCUCUCUCUCAAAUCCUUCCCCAAAACCUUCCUCCACCACAGCCUCCGCCCUUGCUGUCGACACUUCCACCAUCCCCACUCCUGAGAUUUUCGUCUCUCGAUUCGCCCCUGAUGAACCCAGAAAAGGCGCCGAUAUCCUCGUCGAGGCUCUCGAGCGCCAAGGCGUCACCGAUGUCUUUGCUUACCCCGGCGGCGCGUCCAUGGAGAUCCAUCAGGCCCUCACGCGCUCCCCCACCAUCCGUAACGUUCUCCCUCGCCACGAACAGGGCGGGGUAUUCGCCGCCGAGGGUUACGCUCGCUCCUCUGGCCUUCCCGGCGUUUGCAUUGCAACUUCCGGCCCCGGCGCCACCAAUCUGGUCAGCGGCCUUGCCGAUGCCCUCCUCGACAGCGUUCCGUUGGUGGCCAUUACAGGGCAAGUUCCGAGGAGAAUGAUCGGUACCGAUGCGUUUCAGGAAACUCCCAUCGUAGAGGUAACACGCUCUAUUACAAAGCACAAUUAUCUGGUUCUUGAUGUAGAUGACAUUCCUAGGAUUGUGAGCGAGGCAUUUUUUCUCGCAAUUUCUGGUCGUCCUGGUCCUGUUCUUAUUGAUAUUCCCAAAGACGUUCAGCAACAGCUCGCGAUUCCUAAUUGGAAUCGGCCCAUGAAAUUACCUGGUUACUUGUCUAGAUUACCUAAGCCUCCCAUUGAUUUGCAUUUGGAACAAAUUGUGCGAUUGAUCUCUGAAUCUAAGAAGCCUGUUCUUUACGUGGGUGGAGGGUGUUUGAAUUCGUCAGAGGAGCUGCGGCGGUUUGUCGAGCUGACCGGGAUUCCAGUGGCCAGCACUCUGAUGGGUCUUGGGGCUUUUCCUUGCUCCGAUGACUUGUCUCUGCAAAUGCUGGGAAUGCACGGGACAGUUUAUGCCAACUAUGCUGUGGAUAAAGCGGACCUGUUGCUUGCAUUUGGAGUGCGAUUUGAUGACCGUGUGACAGGGAAACUUGAGGCCUUUGCAAGCCGUGCGAAGAUUGUUCAUAUCGAUAUCGAUUCUGCCGAGAUUGGGAAGAACAAGCAGCCCCAUGUAUCGGUCUGUGGCGAUGUGAAGUUGGCCUUGCAGGGAAUGAAUUGUUUACUUGAGAAGGUUGAGAAGCCUCACUUUGAAUUCUCUGCGUGGAGAGAGGAGCUGAAUGAGCAGAAAUCGAAGUAUCCAUUGACUUUCAAGACAUUUGAUGAGGCCAUUCCUCCACAGUAUGCAAUUCAAGUUCUUGAUGAGCUAACCAAUGGCGAGGCCAUCGUAAGCACAGGGGUGGGGCAGCAUCAGAUGUGGGCAGCUCAGUUCUACAAGUACAAGAAGCCACGCCAGUGGUUAACCUCUGGCGGGUUAGGUGCAAUGGGCUUUGGACUGCCUGCAGCGAUGGGGGCAGCAGUAGCAAAUCCAGGCGCGAUAGUCGUUGACAUCGACGGGGAUGGGAGUUUCAUGAUGAAUGUCCAAGAACUGGCAACAAUCAGUGUUGAGAAACUUCCCGUGAAGAUCCUGCUGCUGAACAACCAGCAUCUGGGCAUGGUUGUGCAGUGGGAGGAUCGGUUCUACAAAGCCAACAGAGCUCAUACAUACCUGGGAGACCCAUCAAACGAAUCUGAGAUAUUCCCCAACAUGUUGAAGUUUGCAGAGGGAUGCGGGAUCCCGGCAGCACGUGUGACGAAGAGGGCGGAGUUAAGAGCAGCAAUGAAGAAGAUGCUGGAGACGGAAGGGCCUUACCUGUUGGAUGUGAUCGUACCACAUCAGGAACAUGUGCUGCCGAUGAUUCCCAGUGGUGGUGCUUUCAAAGAUGUGAUCACAGAGGGAGAUGGAAGAUGCGCAUACUAAUAAUAUGAAUAAUAUAUCAUCAUCCUUGUCACGCCACCAGAUUACGUUCUCUCCCCCAUGUACAUUAUUGUUUCUUCUCAUUUUAGUUUGUUUUGGUAAGCUUCUUCUUGUUGCGCUUUGUCUUAGAAACAGUGUUGUUGUUGUAAGAGUUCCUUCUCCCUAAUUUAUGCUUUGUUGCCGAACCCUAGUUUUGAAUUUUGGUAUUCAAUACAAUAAAAGAUUGUCGCCAAA